AUGUCUCAACGAGUCUCCCAGAUCGCUGGCCACCUCUCUGGUCCCGCCCCUCUGCUCAAGGGCCAGGUCGCUAUCGUCACCGGUGCUGGCCAGGGUAUCGGAGCCGCCACCGCCAAGCUUUUCGCUAGCCACGGCGCCCACGUCGUUGUCUCGGACCUCGACGCCAAGAAGGCGUCCGAUGUUGCCUCCGAGAUCGUCAAGGCUGGUGGCUCGGCCAUUCCUAACGCCGGCAACGUCAUGGACAAGGACUUUGGCGAGCGCGUAGUCAAGGCCGCCGUCGACAAGUGGGGCAAGCUCAACAUUAUUGUCAACAACGCCGGCUUCACCGCCGACAAGAUGGCCCACACCACCGACGACGCCACCUUCCAGCUCAUGCUCGACUGCCACAUCACCGCCCCCUUCCGCAUCAUCCGCGCCGCCGCACCCUACUUCCGCAUCAAGGACGAGAGCAAGCGCGAGAACAUGGCCAUCGUCAACGUCUCCUCCACCUCGGGCACCCACGGCAACGUCGGCCAGGUCAACUACUCGGCCGCCAAGGCCGGUGUCCUUGGCCUGACCAAGACCAUGUGCAAGGAGUGGGGUCCCUUCGGCGUCCGCGUCAACACCGUUGCUUUCGGCUGGAUCAACACGCGUCUCACCCAGGCCAAGGAGGCCGGUGCUUCGAUCGAGAUCGACGGCAAGAAGAUCGCGCUCGGCAUCCCCGGCCGACCCGCUGCUGGCAACUCCAAGGAGCAGGCCGUCACCGCCGUCGCCGAUAUUCCCCUCCGCAGGCCAGGUGAGGUCGAGGAGGCCGCCGCUUCCAUCCUCUUCCUCGCCAGCCCGCUCGCCUCGUAUGUCUCCGGUCAGACCCUCGAGGUGACCGGUGGCCGCGGCAUCUGA